UGCUAACCGACGAGCUGCCGCUGCUCCCCGGCUGGAUGUGACACAGGUGCGUCAAAGAUAACCGCCUCAAGCUGACACCGAGGGCCGAUCCGGGAGAAGCGGGAACGUUCCGGGUUGAACCGCCUUUAGCAGCUCCUCUCCCUCUUCUUGUUCCUCCUCGCCUCGGUUCAGGAUGGAGGACUCGGAGACGGAGCUGGCGGUGUCGGAGUCGGAUGCCCUGGGCGCAGACUUCAUCACGGUGGAGUUGGACACGCAGCCCAUCGAGUACGUGGUGAAGUGGGCGGAGGUCGGCUCCAAGUUCACCAUCUCCUGCGUCAAGAAGGACUCGGACGACCCGGCCGACCUGACAGCCGAGCAGUUGAAGAUUGAGACGGACGAGGCCUUCUUUGCUCCCUACGAGGAGGUGUACCCCUGCGAGGUGACGGAGCAGAGUGUGGAGAUAAAGACGGACUCUGACGAGGACGAGGAGGACACCGAGGAGGAGCAGGAGGUGCUGGUGGAGGCGGGGAGCAGCCAUCUGGACGGUGGGGUCGACUCGGACCAGGCCGACUUUGAGCCGGACGAGCGCCAGUACCGCUGCAGCUACUGCGGCAAGUGUUACAGCCACGCCUCCAGCCUGUACCGCCACCAGCAGACGCAUACCGGGAAGAGCGGUGGGGUGCCGCCGGCCGCCAAACGGGCGCUGGAGCCGACACAUCAGGAGGCGCGCUACACCUGCCCUCACUGCGGGAUGAGCUUCAAAGGCAGCAGGAUGCUCGGGAGUCACCUGCGGCUGCACGGGAAGCGGCGGAUCCACCCCUGCAACAUCUGCGGGAAGGAGUUCAACCACAGCUCCAGCCUGUCACGUCACCGCCUCAUCCACAAGAAAGGAAAAGGCCUCCCUAAGGACGUCGCUCUGGGCCCCAACAUCUCCGCCCUGCGCCAUUCGCUGAAGGCUGGUGGCAAGAACAAGAAGACCAAGAGGCAGCAGCAGAGGCAGCAGCAGCAUGUGGCGGCCGCCAUCAUUCAGACUCAGGGCGGCGAUAAGUUCUACGCCUGCCCGCAGUGUGACAUGAGCUUCAGGACAUCCACCCAGCUGUCCAAACACCAGGUGACCCACGUCAAGGAGCUGCUGGACAACUACACACCUGGCAAGGAGAACCUGGGCGAGAGCUCGUCCGACCUCAAGAUCCGCCUCAAGCUCUGUUCUCGUGACAAGCCCAACUUCUACACGCUCUGCAAGAAGAACCGCCGCAGGCGGGGGGGAAGGGCCGGCAAACGGGGCUCCGCCAUCUCUGAGGAGGAGGAAGGAGGAGGAGGAGGAGGAGGAGCCAGUCGUCAUUGCUGCAGCCAGUGUGGGAAGCGGUUCAGCCAUGCCUCCAGCCUGGCGCGGCACCAGCAGACCCACAGGGUGGUGGAUGGUGGCGGGCGGGGGAAGCUGCAACAGCACCAGAAGCAGCUUCAUGUCAAGGCUGGACUCCCCACUGCCAAGACCAAGACCUACACCUGUGCGGCCUGCAACAAGACCUUCAUGCACUCGUCCAGCUUCUCCCGCCACAAGAAGGCCCACCUGGAAGAGGAGCAGCGGGCCCAAGCUGCUGCCGCCAAGCGUCGGAAGAGAGUUGUCUUAGAUGAGACCGCUCCACUGGAGUCUGACUCGGAGUGAAGUCACCCGGCUCUGGACUGGGUUUGGGCCAGUUCUGGACCUGUUCUUGGUUGGUUCUGAAUCAGCACUGACUGGUUCUGGACUGGUUUGGGACCAGUUCUGGAAAAGUUCUAAUUUAGACAAGUUCUGGACCAGUUCUCCACCAGUUCUGGAUCAGUUGGAGACAGAUUCUGGGUCGUUCACCGAAGUUUGUUUGUUCAGGUUUCAGGAACUGGAAAUGGUUGAUUCUUUUCUGGUGUAGAUAGCAGCAGGACAUUCGGUCGCACGGCGGCGAGAUCUCCACAUAUGGUAAAAACCAUAUAUGGUCAUAACCGACUGUUGGCUAAUUGCUCUUCAGGAUGGGAUUAGAUUUAAAGUGUUACCCUACUUCCCUGCCCCGCCCCCUGCCCCGCCUGUCCUUCACCUGUCUAUUAAGUUGCACACAGAUGCUGUUCACUUUCAUUCUGCCCUCUCCACACUCCAUUUCCCAUCAGCCACCAGGACAGAGAACUGAAAGGUACUGUCAUCUGUCACAGGCCACGCCCACCUGACGCCAUACUUCAGGAGUCAGCACGUAGAGCAUUAUGGGAAAAUAGGUUUCUACUGAAAAGAUUAAUCUCAACAAUAAAACCUGUCGACUCAGUUUAAAUUUGAUUUAGCUGAAGAAUCGUUGAAGUGCGGCGGUCACAGUGUGACGGCAGCAGGUCACUUCAGCUGUACGGAAGUUUAUUGAUGACAAAAGUUCCAACAAAAACUACAGAAAGCACGAAAUAAAUGUGGCAUUAAGUCAACUACAGCUACAACAACUUUUGUAAGUAAAAACCUUCAAAAACAUCAGAUAUUGUCAAACAAACCCCGCCCCUCUGUUCCUCCAAUCAAAUGAAGGUGUCUCUCCCUCUUUAAAUCCUAUUGGUCUACAGUUUGGUCAGCUCUAUCACUGUGUUGAAUUUGCUCCAACAACAGAAAAUAUGUCACAUUAUGGAAAAUAAACCGGUUUUCUGAGAUAAAUCAUGAUUUUAUACAGUUUUUCUCAAAAUUUUGAAAUUUGAGAUUGAAUCAACAACCUGAAAUUUUGAUGGAGGAAAAUGUCAGAUAAUGAAAUUAUUUUAUUAUCUAUUAUUCUCUCUUCUAGUUUGAGCGACAUAAAAAACAAAUUCAUAUUUUUCAGAUCUUCUAACAUACGUCUGAAUUUAAAAAGAGCUGAAACUAAUAGUUAUUUUUUAUUAUUGACUAUUCAGUUUGUUUUUAUUAGUGGUUAUUAGGGAUCCUAAUUUUAUUUCAAAGAUAUUAUUUACUGCGAGAAGAAAGAAAUCCUUGUUUUGAAGAAUCUGAUGGACGUUUGAUAAAAAAUAACUGAAAAAAUUAAUUGAUUAUCAAAAUUACUGCAGAUUUUCUGGUGAUUGAUUAAUCGAUCCAGUUUAAAAUCUUCUCCGUGUUUCUGAACAAUAAAACCAACAAGAGUCUCUUCAUAGAAGCUGGAGUUAUUUACGUUGUCAAGAAACCUCCGUACAGGUCUGAUUACGUCUGAACAAGGACUUGAUAAGACCAAGUCUGAUCAGGUCUGGGUCUGAUCAGGUUCAGCUCUGAUCACGUACGGGUCUGAUCAGGUUUAGCUCUGAUCAGGUCUGGGUCUGAUCAGGUUGAGGUCUGCUCAGGUUCAGCUCUGAUCAGGUAUGGGUCUGAUCAGGUUCAGGUCAGAUCAGGUUCAGCUCUGAUCAGGUCUGGGUCUGAUCAGGUUCAGGUCUGAUCAGGUUCAGGUCAGAUCAGGUUGGUUGUCGAAUUAGGUUCAGGUCUCUUUAGGUUCAGAGUAGCUCCACGUCCGUUCUCCACCCUCUGUGACACCACUGCCCAGUUCCCUUCUGGUUUAGCUCAGAGUGAUUUUGAUUGGCUGAAGUUCUUAUUGGCACAAUGUUCUGAUUGGUUCCUUCAUAUUUUUUAAGGUUAAAAUGUGAAAUCCGAGCAGACGAGAUGAUUGGUCAAAGCUGGCAUUCCUCCACAUUAACGUUUGCAUGAAGACUAUAACCUUCAGCUUGUCGGCCAUAUUUGUAGUUUUUCAGCUGUGUGCGUGUUUGAUGACCGGUCUGCGGCGUCUGACGUUCGGAUUUCUCGUUUUAGCAGCAGACUGGUCGUCCCGUGGAGGUCGAAGGGGAAACUGCACUACUUAUUUAUGAAUUUGGAACAAUGUUGUAAUAUAUAAAUAUAAAUGGUAUUUAAAUGUGAUUCACAAGUUAAAAUUAAAAAAAGAAAUACAAGAGAGUGGCCGAGCCUGGCCUAGUUGCCCUUGUUACCGUAGCAACACCACCACCACCUUCAGCAUCAUCAUUGUCAACAGCAUCAGACAGGAAACGACUUCGACAGACGACGCCGUCGUCCAGCAGACGUCCAGUUUUUCAAAGUUCAAGCCUCCAGAACAGAAUCCUGUGAGGUAAAAGCUGAUUUCUUGUCACAGGUUUCGGAGAUUUGCAGCAAAAAGAGAAAUUCAGCAGAAGUAACGUGUUGACGAACUAAAGAAUUCGAGUCGUCUUAAUUGGUUGACGGAAACGACGACAGUUCAAACACAGAGCAGCUGUUUUCAAAAAGUGAAAGUGAGGCUUUGAGACGGGGACGGGCAUCCGUCUGAGAUCUGUCGAUGGAUUUAACGAAUCGAUCCUGUGAACUUGUUCCAGUACAGAAGCGGAUUUUUGGUAAAUACUUGGACGUUAUCUAAGGACUGUAACAGACAUCUUGGAACAAAUAUGGACUGACUUCACGUCAGGCUUUUCCCUCCCUGACAGAUGGAGCAGCUUCAGCCAAAUUAAACCAUCACUUGUGGACUUUGGCGGACCUCGAAGUCCACCGCCUCCUGCCCCCCUUCUCUUUUGUUUCCUGCUUGUGGAGCCGUCUGGCAGCGGCGAACACUUUGACUUUGUGAAUAACAUUUUACUGUGUGAAUUGGAUUUGACUUAAUUUAAUGGUGACCUAUUUAUAAGUGUGUGUAGGCGGCGGACGGUCGCACUGCAAACCUCCCGUAGAUCUUAAAAGGAAGUUCCUCCUCCUGCUUUUCACCUUCCUGGUUUGUGUUUUCUCAGUUCCGGGCCUUAAAGCUGACGUUCUCCUCUUUCUGUCCACAGUUCUGCAUUUUGGUCCAUGUUGUGUUGGUUUGUUUUCUCUUGGGUUCGUGGUUCCAGUGAAGCUUCACCUGCAGAUAGAAGGUUGUUUGUCAUUGUAUCGUGUUUGCCAAUAGAAUAAACCCAGUUGACAUGUCUUGCGUUUUGUAAUAAACCUUUA